AACAUAACAUUAAAUUUUCCAUCUUAAUCAUUUGUGAGUGUACAGUUUGGUGCUUAAGGACAACCACCACUACCCUCCAUCUCCAGAACUCCCUUUUCUUGUUAUUUUUUAAUGGACAAAUGAAAAACUUUUAUGGCGUAUGAAGAGGUAUUUUGAUCAUGUGUACAUUAUAGGACGAUUAAAUCAAGCUAAUUACCACAUCCAGAGUUCUAGUCAUUGUAAAACUAGAACUCUGUUUCCAUUAAACCCUACCUCCCCAUUCCCUCCCUGCACCUGGGACUCCUCUCAGCUCUGAAAUCAUCAUUGAUUUCUUUCUACUCAGUGGAUGUAACUGUACACUCGCCUGUGUCAAACCUUGUGCUCCAGACACAGAGAUGCCUGCAGGCAUCUCCAUGCUCAGAAACCAGCCCAGGGCAUGAAGAGCCCUGUUCGGGGGCAAAUCUCACUUAGGACAAAAGCUAUAACCACAGAAUCUUUCCUUUUGUUGAUUUCUGCAUUUAUUUAACACAUUCCUUCACAUGCUGGCAGAUCUAAUCUCAUGCUGUCCUUCAGCUGUCAGGUUUAACAGACAUUUAGAGAAUGCAAGCAGAGUUCCAGCUGUUUCCGCACCGUAGGUUGGCUGAGGCAGGAUUAGCCCAAUCCAAGGUCAUAGCUGUCAGGGGCAGAGAGUCAGAUGGAGUUCAGCGUCUCCUCCUUAUCCAUCCAGGAGCCGACCAAUGGCAGCACAGCUGGCGAGCCCAGGCCUCUGCCCAAACCUUCUCAGGGCUCCCAGGCGCUCAAGUCCUCCCAGGGCAGCAGGUCCUCCAGCCUGGAUGCCCUGGGGCCCACCCGCAAGGAGGAGGAAGCAUCCUUCUGGAAGAUCAACGCUGAGCGCUCCCGCGGGGAGGGGCCCGAUGCGGAGUUCCAGUCGCUGACCCCCAGCCAAAUCAAGUCCAUAGAGAAAGGGGAGAAGGUCUUACCUGCCUGUUACCGGCAGGAGCCCACCUCAAAGGACAGGGAGGCCAAGGUGGAGAGACCCGUCGCUAUCCGCCAGGAGCAGCAUGCCCAUCCCGGCCACACCGAGCGAGAGAGGCCCCAGCCUGCCCCAUCCCUCACAGGCAAGGUCCCAGAGGCCACCCCUGCCAAGCUGAAUGUGGGCCCGGACGACGGGGAGGACGUCCUGUUCUCGGAACCGGAGCUCGCACAGGUCAGCCCAAGUAAUGUCAUCAAGAAGACGGGAUUUGAUUUUCUGGACAAUUGGUAAAAUGUGUUAGACAGGAAAAUAACAGUAAGAACCCCAAAAUAUUCUCCGAAGUGGUACAGUGGAGGAGGAUCCAAAGGGCCACCUUUCUCUCCGUAUUUUCCCAAUUUCACUAUACUCUUUUUUAAUCAUUUGGAAACUGGUCAGUUUUGCCAGCUUUUCCUUUUUAGUAGAACCAAAUAUAUAUGCUAUUUUCAAUUAUUUGAUAACAAAUUUUGCAUUUGGACUUUUUAAGGAGGGCUCUGAAUUCAGUAGGUUGCAUGAGUACAACCUGCCCUCCCCCUGCCCAGUUCUCCUUCAAAGUGAUUUCCAUCUCCUCUGUCCCUCCUCCCCACGCACCCCCUUUAACAUAUGGGGUUCCCUUUGCUGGGUGAUUGGCAGUGGUGUCCUCAGCUGUGGCAUUAGCAUGCUGGCUGUCACCAUGGAAAGGUCUGCCCCAAUGAAGUUCUCACCUCGCGUUCACUGCUGCCUAAAGCUGCUCUUGCUGAAGCCACAGCUCUUACCCUCACGUCAUUUAAAGGGAGCAGACUAUUGGCACAUGGCAGACAGAACACAUCAUUUUUUACCUGCCCUGAUACUUAUUCAAAGUAUCAAUCAUUGUUCAAAAAGAGUUGCAUGUUUAAAAAUUAUGUAUUAACUUUUCAUUAUUUUGUAUUUAGGUUUAGCUGUGGGACUACCACCUUUCCUAGUUUUGUAUCAGUUUCCUUUUGGCUGUUCUUGUUAGUUAUGUAUGCUGUUAGUUGUUCCCUGUCCUGGGCACUUGCAGGCAUCAGGGCAGAUGGCCGACACGGCUGGAGGACGAGGAUCUUCUCCUUGGUUGUUAGAGCCUUCCUGUGUGAGACUAGUUGGGCAGUGGACAUCCUUCCUCCCAAAGACUGGUCACGUUGCAUCGUGAUAGACCUUCCACCAGCCCUGACACCAUUGGAAGUGGAAGAGUAGAGUUUCUGAUCACCUCAGAAGUCAUUGUGGCAUCAUAGCAACAGUAUCCCUCAGAGCUAGUGCAUAGUCUGAGGCAGCCUGGUGGAGCAGGUGGCCCACCUCGCCGGGGUAGCCACUGCGUUCACAGGCUGCCCUGUCCCAUGGUGCCUGAUCAGCAAGAGGUGUCCAAGCAGAGCCUGGAGCCCUGUACUGUGCGAUGUCAACACAGCCAUCACUGCAUUCUCACCUGAAGCCUUAAUCCUUGUGACCCUGCCAGUGAGCACUUGGUUUCAAUGCCAAAGUGCAUUUUUGAAAAAAAAAGGGGGGGGGCCUGUUUCCAUAGGAUCUUCUGAAAUGAUUCUAGACUAUUGUAUCUGACUCUCAAGGCACAUAGCAUCAUUCCCCCCCCCCAGGAAAAUUUCUGCCAAAAUCUGGGGUUUACCCAACAUUUGCUGUGGUUCUUAUAAAUUGCUUCAUGUUUCUAAACCUCUUUUGGCUACACCUCCCCUCCAGCUCAGCAAACAUAGAUAGGCUCCUUCUAUGCCACUUAAGCAUAGUUGAUACAUGCAGGGGAAAAACAGUUUCCUGCAUGGUGGGGAGAGAAGAAAGCUCACAGGUCCUGGCUGGCACAGCCCAAGCAGGACACCAGCUCCCCUGGGGCUGGCGGUAGUAAACCCACAGGGAGCCUCAGAACGGCCUCCACUGCCUGUGCUUUCUGCCUCAGGGUGAUGGGCUGUUUUAAACCCAUAGUAGCAAGUGUGUAUAUAUGAGUUUAUAGUCCCUAAAUUUUUCUGUGUUGUAGGACAGUGGGCCGGAGUGAUCUGUCUCUUUUCUUGGGAGAAAUUCUAAUUUCUUUCCCACUUUCUCAUAAAGCCCAAUAUUCCCUUUAAGUUCUCCUUGGAGCUGAGAGAUAGAGGAAUUAUUGAAAACUUCUGCCUCAGUACCAUCUGGGACUCAGCAGUGUUUGGUUAACUCUCAUAAUAGCAUUUCUUAAUGAUAUAGCCCCUGAGAUUAAAUGUAAAAUCAAAUCCUCCAAUCUGAAAGUCAGAUUGCUUUGCUCUGCUUGGGAAGAAGUAAGGGCCUGGAGGGCGGGAGUCUCCAUCCUGCCUGGUCCAUGGGAUCUUCCUUCUCACCUGGGCAAAAUCUAUGCCAGUGUUUUUCCACCUUUUAAUCUCACAGCACACUCGAACCUAUUGUUAAACUUUGCAGCACACUUAAAUUGUGUUGAUCCAAAAA